AUGGCGUCGUCCAGCAACAAUAGCAACAAACAACUUAGCGACGAACAUAUUAUCAACCGCUGGAGUUUCGACUUUUACGUCUUUAAAGCUUUCGAGGCGUUUCGAAACGAAGACUAUGACAGUUUCAUUGAGCUCAGGAACCUCAUCGAGAGUUUGGUGGUCAGACCCAUUGACGGACACACUGACAUGACCAUCAAACUGCGAUUCCUGCAGUUCCUCUCACGGAUCGUUGACGGAGACAAACUUGAUGUUACUUUUGAAAAGCCUCUAACACCUCUCGAAUCGGCACUGAGCGUGCUAGAAUCCAUCUGUACAGAAAUGGAUGUUCCACAAGAGAUACUCGAGCGAGUUCACAUCUCAGUCAGGGAAAUGCUUAUUGUUGUUUGCAUAAAGAGCAAACAGUUUGAAAAAGCUCAGGAGAUGCUGCAUAAACACUUUCCCAAAGGAAUGGACUCAGCUGGCAAGAAAAAGCUCUAUGUAGAUCUGAUGAAAAGACGAUGCAGCACACAUUCAGUUCUGAACGUGAUCUCGUACAGUGAAUUCAAACAGGACAUGCUAGACUUCAUCGAGAAACUCCACCACAUUCCGGAGCCUUUUUUAGUCAAGAUGGUCAAAGUCUCAAGACAAGGAAAGACUGUAGAUGUUGGGGCCUCAUGUAAGCCUCAAGCCGUUAGGGCUAGCAACGUCCAGUCGUGUACACAGGACAAAGCGAACCGCGGACAUACGGUUCUCCUGCACAAUUCUCCAUCCAAUUCGCAACAGAACACACCAACCAAAAAUAACCUAAGUAGAGCUCCUUCCCCUGCUCUUUUGGUAACAGUGCACCUGACCCAGGGCAACCUGAAAGCUAUCUAUCCCAAGCUUGCUGAGCAAUUUUCUGUCUCUGUCCCCUUCACUCAGCUGGAGGAGGAGGUGGAGCAUGAGGCACAGCAGGAGAACGAAAUCGAUCGUAACAUGGAACUCUGUCUCAAACUCACAGAGACUCCAAUGGAGGAGGUUUUGGAAGAAAGGGAGCAGAGUUCGUGUAUGUGUGAAGAAAGGCCCUCUGAUGACAGUUUGCAGUCACAGCAGCAAUGUGAUGAGUGCUGCACUUCUGUGCAGUCUGAUGCCAGAAGUAAAACAUCAGUGCCCCUGAAACACUGCACAAACCGAGAUGUGGAACAAGAAGAAGAAGUUUCAGAGGUCACACCUUCACUAGUAGAUACACAUGUCCAUCCACGUGCUUUGUCUGCUGAGAAAGGCCCUGCUGGUGUUGUGUCUGGAGUGAGCGUAACUCAGUUGGUGAUGGAGCAGGACAGUACGCCAAGUGAACUAGAAGCCUCUGAUUCUCAGCCUCUGACUCCCAGUCCACUGCAGGUACGCUCUAACAGAGAGGAUCCACUCAGCUCGCUGUCCGUCAACUCUACACCGGUCCGGAAAUACCGCAGACCAGCUCCUCACAGUAAAACAGAGCCUGCUUCCCAAUGGAAGCUUGAAGUGCCUCGGAGCUGUUCCACCCCCAGCAGUGUCGAAAACAGCCCUCCUCCUGCCCAAUGCACAUAUGAUAAGGAAUGUGAGAAACAAGCAACGAAGAGGCUGCACACGAGGAGUGAAGGACAAAGUGAAGAUAGUGUAGAAAGCAUUGUGAUAGACUCGCCACCAUCAGCAAAACAGCCUGAAACCUCCCAUAGAUUGCAUUGGAUGGAUGUGUCUGGAGUCCAGGAAGAGUGGAGUGAUGAAGAGUCACUGUUCUCCGUUUCCACUAAAACAAGUAAAGGUCAAAGCUCAAGUGAUAUUUAUUCCAAAAGGAAGAAGUGGACUGAUGACGAGUCUGACUGGGUGAAGCAAGGAGUUGCCCGUUACGGAGUAGGACGAUGGGAGAGGAUUAAGAGAGCGUUCCCUUUUAAAGGCCGUACAGCAGUCAAUAUCAAAGAUCGCUGGCGCACCAUGAAAAGAUUAAAGAUGGUGUAGACUUGUAAACAAGACAACAUGCAAAAAAAAAAAAAAAAAAUGUUGAGAGAUUUUUGUACAUACACUCACUGUCUGCUUUAUUAGUAUCACCUGUACACCUCAUUCUUGUAAUGAUCUAAUCAGCCAGUCCUGUGACCGCAGCACAGUACAUGCAAUCAUGCAGAUACAGGUCAAGAUUCUGAUGUUUGAUGUAAACACUAACUGAAGCCCUUGACCUGUAUCUGCAGGGUUUUAUGCAUUGUGCUGCUGCCAACGUGUACAGGUGUUCCUAAUAAAGUGGACAGUGAGUGUAUAUCUAAGAAGGCAUUUUGAAACCGAGUUUGAAAUUGACAGCUCGUUUAUGUUAACACAUGUAAAGAUAUUUGUUUUGAAUCCUUGUGUACGGCAUCGUGUCAAGGUUGAGUAAAAGUUGGAAUAAACAUCAAAUAGCAGAAAACGGGCAUCGUUGAUGUCAUUAGCCUACUUAUAUAAAAUGCGCUUUUUUUUUUCCCUUAGCAGAAAUGCCCCAGGUAACAGUCGCCGUGCUUCUGUAUAUUUAUAGAAAUGUUUGUAAUAUAAGUGAAAUGCUCAGUCAGUGAUCUUAAUUAUCUAAGACUGUCCAAGUGCAGGUAUUAUGACCUGUCUAAUACGUUCAACAAUACUGUAGAUUCAGACGUCUUUAAUCUACACUCAUAGUUUAUAGAUUAUUUUUCAUGAAUAAAUACCUGCACGUUUUGCAUAUAAAUUUUGCAUUUUAUAGUGCAACCCUUCAGAAAGGUGUGCAGGUGUGAAAAAAUGUCAUCUCUGCUCCUCUGUUGUAUAUUCUUGCUCAGAUUUUUGUGCACAGAACAUUAUUAUAAACGAAUCAUGUAAAACAGUGAAUGCAUGCACUGCUUAAUUCUGACAUAGCAACCAAUUCAAAGGACUUCUAAUGUGAUGAGGUUUACACGCUUUACCCUGCAUCAGAGAACACUGUUGUGUAGUAAAUGAAAGUCACAUGCCACAAAAAAAAAACAACUGUUACAUGAACAUAGUUUAAUAUCACAGUUAACAUAUGAGCCAGAACAUCAACCUCAGUAACACUUUGUGGCAUCUAUAAAACAUUAAUUACAUCAAAAUGUAACUCAAAGGCACAAAUAACUGCAGUGACAGAAUCAAAUACCUCCAUGUUCAACAUCAUCAUUUACUUUAUUUGUACAGUAAACCCAAAUUAAACGUUUAACUAUCUACCCUGAAACCUUUAUUUAUAGAUUUAUGUUGGUUGGUCAUAUUCACAGUUAAACUUUAAAGCACUUUUAUUAUAAAGGUAAGGUUAUGGAACAACUUUAAGGAAGAGUGUUUUGCAAUUUUGUUUCAAAAGAGGAUGGUUUAUUUAUCCAGUUGAUUGUAAAUCCUACAUAUCAGCUGAGAAAUCUGCAAAUCUGCCAUCAGCACACGUUAUGGACAUUUCAUGGCCCACUAAUAUAUCAUAGCCAACGCAUGCUUCUUAGUAAUAUUUAUAGUGUUGGUGCAUAAAGUAUACCAAUAUGUACUUAAGGUGCUUGGUACGGUAUAUAUCAGUCAGCUGUAUGAUUAAUAGAACAAACUACUGAAAAGGCUGUUAUUGAGCCUGCUUAACUGACUAUACAUUGCAUUAUUUAUGUUGGAAUAUUUUGGUUUACAUCCUUAUAGAAGAUU